GGGGUGUGUGUGUCUCAGGGAACCACUUCCGGGGGAGCAGCGCGGCCGCGCGGGAGAAGCUGGCUCUGGAGAGUGGUGAGUUGGAGGAGACCUCAGGCAGCAGGCAGCUGAGGCCAUGGCCUCCGACCUGGACUUCUCACCUCCUGAGGUGCCUGAGCCUACUUUUCUGGAGAACCUGCUCCGGUAUGGACUCUUCUUGGGGGCCAUCUUUCAGCUCAUCUGUGUGCUGGCCAUCAUCGUACCUGUUCCCAAGUCCCACGAGGUGUUACAUAAACAAUAUCAGCACCAGGGGACAGGCUUGAGAAGUCCAGAGCUGCAGUCAGGGACCCAGCCAGGAGAAGGGCUGGCCUGCUUGUUAUCUUGGGAGGAUCACCCAGGGGUGCCUGCGACUGAGCUGGGCCUUUACCCCUGGUGUCUCAGCUGGAUAGCUGGCAGGGAGGCAGAACCAUCUGAGCCCAGAAGCGCGGAGGUGAUGAGGAAGCCCAAGACUACUGCUCCUGCGAACAAGAGGCCCAAGAAGGAGGCCAAGAAGAAGCGGUAGAAGAGAGGCCUGCGGAGCAGCGGGCAGGGUGGGGCAGGGCGGGGGCCUGGGCUGGGCAGCCCUCCUGGGACUUAACGUCCUGUUUCCUCACUGUGUCCCAGGCUCAGGGGCUGAGGUGGCUGGGAUGCCCUCUGACCAGAGAUCUGUAUUUUUAUGACAGUCCCUAGGUCCCUGCUGGGCAAACCACCACUUCCUCUUCCUUCUGCUUCCUUGACCCGUUAGAGUCAGGGGGGCUCAGCACCCUGUGGGCAGAGACUGUCUUAGAAGUCUGUUUGUUCAGAAGUCAGGUCAGCUCACAGAGUCAUGUUUCCUUACUUAAUCAUCACGUCCAGCCUUGGGUCCUCCACCUUGUGGAUUUACACUACAUGUUAGAGUUUGUCUCGUGCUGACAGGCACUGCCCUCUGCCACUAUUUGUGCACCGCAGACCUGCUAAUCAGUUGCCUUUGUCUCUGCUUGUGCAGAUGGAGCCAGGCCAGGCCUCCCAGUUGUUUGGGUCAAGAUGCCAUGGCCAUUGCAGUGUUAGGGGGCCCACUAGUGCAACAGGCAGAUCUGAGAGGUGCUGGCGUGAGAGCUAGCAGAAGACGCCAGCCAGGGUACUGCCUGGUUCUCCUCCAGCAGCUGGAAGGGAUUUGGCUGAAUGAGUGCACCUUCUCAGGCCCAAAAUCUCUGAGCCUCUUGAAAGGGAGGCUUGUCAAGCUCCAACCAGCCUUUCUUCAUCCUAUCAUAGCACAUUCAAGGUGUGCCUGUUGGUGCCCACUUAUACCUGCCUCCAGUUUUUUCAACCCCUGACCAGUGAGGAAAAGUGAUUUGGGGAAAUAAAUGUCAAUAAACUUCCCCACAUGCUG